AUGGCUCAGCGUCUCACUUACCGCCGCCGUUUGUCGUACAACACCAAGUCCAACAGGACUCGCGUCGUCAAGACCCCCGGUGGUCGCUUGACUUGGCUCUAUGAGAAGAAGCCCGGUACCGCCCCCAAGUGCGGUGACUGUGGUGUCGCUCUUCCCGGUGUCCCCGCUCUCCGCCCCACCGAGUACGCUCGCAUCUCCCGCCGCCAGAAGACCGUCAACCGUGCCUACGGUGGUUCCCGCUGCGCCAACUGCGUCCGUGACAGAAUCGUCCGCGCUUUCUUGAUCGAGGAGCAGAAGAUCGUCAAGAAGGUCAUCAAGGCCCAGGCUAAGUCCGCCAAGCCCGCCAAGAAGUCCUCCAAGUAA